AUGGGCGCAGAUGGAGGCUCAAUCCCUGAUCGCCGAGAUUUGGUCAAGACCAAGGGGAAGUCAGAGACCACGGACAAGGCGUUACUCCGAGAACUGUUCUUUCUCUGCGCAUUGAGCAAGAGACCGCUCACUCGACCUGUCGUUUUGGACCCCCUCGGGAAGCUGUACAACAAGGACGCGGUGCUCGAGUUCUUCCUCGACCGAAGCCGGUAUGGCGACGGUGAUCGGAUAUGUGGCUAUCUUAGAGGUGUCAAGGACCUGCUUACCCUCAACCUCACGCCAAAUCCCACCUACACCUCCCCCGACCCCUCCACUACCGCCUCCGUCUCCCAACGCGCUCCCUUUGCCUGCCCACUGUCGCUCAAAGAAAUGUCGGGCACAGUCCCAUUCAUUGCUCUCCGCCCAUGCGGCUGCGUCUUCUCCGAAGCGGCCGUUCGCGCCGUCAUUCCCAACCUGACCCGAGGCGUCCCUGCCAAAUCCUCCUCGGCGGCAACGGACGAGGCACCUGAUGCUGCUCAGCCGGUAGUGGAGAAGAAGGAGUCGGAAGUCGUCGCUUGCCCAAAUUGCGGCAAGGACAUACUUCCGACGGAAAGCGGGACCGUCUCGCCCAUCAACCCUUCGCGGGAGGUUCAGGAGGAUCUAUUGGAGCAGCUUUUGCUUUCCCGGGCGGCGGCGAAGGCGGGGAAGAAGCGGAAGGCGGGAGCUAUGGCGAGCAAGGGGGAGUCGAAUGGCGUAUCUGGAGAAGGAGACGUCAAGGCGGUAUCGGCCGGGCGGAAUGGGACGCCGGCGGAAUCCGAAGCGGGUCCACUACCAAAACAAAAGGCUGCUCGGACAACAGCUACUCCCGCGCCAGCACCGACGAUAAAUACGCUAGAUCCGGGAGGGAGUGGGCGGCAGUCAGUCGCGCAGAAGCUGGCGGCGCAGGAGCAGAAGAGAUUGGCGGCGCAAGCGGGGAUGAGCGAUGCGGUGAAGAGCAUGUUCAAGGGGAAGGAGAGUGAGAAGACGGGUGGAGCGGCUGAUUUCUUUGGGCGGACGUUCAAUCGCUACGCAUAA